AUGUCACGUCAUCCACAGCAGCUGGUGCACAGCUCUUCGCUUCGGGACCCGGAGAGCUUCUGGUCUCGACACGCAGAGCAGCUCUCCUGGCACCGGAAACCAUCCCAUGUGAUCAGCCGACAUUCCAAAGUUCUUCCCAGCGGUGCGAGCCACGACCAUUGGUCCUGGUUCCCCGAUGGGGAGAUCUCGACGACCUACAAUUGCGUGGACCGUCACGUGGAGAAGGGUAAUGGCGACAAUGUUGCUAUCAUUUGGGACUCCCCGGUAACGGGGACGAAAGAAAAAUAUACUUACCGACAGCUAUUAGAGGAAGUGGAGGUCUUGGCGGGUGUAUUACGAGAAGAAGGAGUGCGCAAGGGUGAUGUAGUCAUUAUUUACAUGCCCAUGAUUCCAGCUGCGCUCAUUGCCGCCCUGGCGAUUGCCCGACUGGGGGCAAUCCAUGCGGCCGUGUUCGGAGGGUUUGCGGCCAAGUCCCUCGCACAGCGGAUUGAAGCUGCCAGGCCACGAGCCAUCAUGACGGCGUCAUGUGGUAUAGAAGGGUCGAAGGGCCCUGUUGCCUAUAGACCAUUAGUCGAGGGGGCUAUUGAGGCAAGCAGCUUUAAGCCUGAAAAGGUCAUUGUUUGGCAAAGAGAUCAGCUGCGGUGGAAUCGACCCGAUAAGCUGGGUGGACAGCGCAACUGGCAGCGGUUGGUCAAAAGCGCACGCAUGCGUGGCAUCAAAGCCGGACCGGUACCUGUGGCUAGCACGGAUGGAUUGUAUAUAAUAUAUACUAGCGGUACCACCGGAUUGCCAAAGGGAGUUGUUCGAGAAGCUGGCGGACAUGCAGUAGGAUUGCAUCUAUCUAUUAGGUAUCUGUUUGGCAUUCAGGGUCCAGGUGAUGUAAUGUUCUGCGCUUCUGAUAUCGGGUGGGUAGUCGGCCACUCCUACAUCCUAUACGCGCCUCUUUUGGUUGGCGCAACCACAGUACUCUUCGAAGGAAAGCCUGUUGGAACCCCAGAUGCGGGAACAUUCUGGAGGGCUAUCGAGGAACACAAGGCCAACGUCCUAUUCACAGCACCCACGGCCAUGCGUGCCAUCCGAAAGGAUGAUCCAGACAACAAAUUCUUCGAGGAGGUGGCCCGUCGUGGUGGCCUGAAGCAUUUCAGAGCUCUUUUCCUCGCCGGCGAGAGGAGUGAGCCUAGUAUUGUCCAGGUGUAUCAGGAUCUUCUAUCCCGUUAUGCCGCCCCUGGCGCCAUGGUCGUAGAUAAUUGGUGGUCAUCCGAAUCAGGCUCACCUAUCUCCGGGCUGGCGCUACGAAGCACAGCAGGAAUGACCUUGGGCGAUGAUAGGGAACUAGAGCUGCCGUUGGCUAUUCGACCAGGGUCGGCCGGAUUGCCAAUGCCGGGAUUUGACGUUCGGAUUGUUGAUGAUGAAGGCCGAGAAGUUCCCCGAGGGACGAUGGGCAACAUCGUCCUAAGUAUGCCAUUGGCUCCCACGGCCUUCACUCGAUUAUUUAAUGACGACGAGAGAUUCUACAAGGGAUACCUCAAGCGCUUUUCGGGUAAAUGGAUGGACACAGGGGAUGCAGGUAUGAUUGACCAGGAUGGGUACAUUCAUGUCAUGGCGCGAUCGGACGAUAUCAUCAAUGUGGCUGCGCAUCGGUUUAGUACAGGCGCAAUUGAACAGGCCAUUCUGUCACAUCCCGAGGUUGGCGAGGCCAGCGUUGUUGGCAUACCGGACGCACUGAAGGGACACCUUCCUUUUGCCUUUAUCCAGCCACGGACUGCUUCUGGGCCCCUGCCAGCGAUACCUACCCCGGAGCUGUUCAACGCGAUCAAUCAACGGGUCCGCGAGCAGAUCGGCGCAAUCGCAUCCCUCGGAGGCAUGAUACAGGGACGCGGGAUGAUCCCGAAGACGCGCAGCGGUAAGACGUUGCGGCGAGUAUUGCGGGAGCUGGUCGAACACGGGGUGCGCGGGGAUUAUGGGGCCCCUGUGAGCAUACCGCCGACAGUGGAGGACGCCGAGGUGGUGGAAAUAGCGCGAAGCAAAGUGCGAGAGUACUUUGAACAGAAGCAGCAAAGCCGAGCCAAACUGUAGAUGGCCAGCAAGCAAGAGCUGCACAGCCUCGGAUACCAGCAUGUCGAGUGGGAAAAGCAAAGCAAGGGCAGGUUACUCUACAGCU